GAUCCGCGUUCCUGGGAGCGGCACCGACCCUGCCCGGUGUGCCCGGAGCGCCAUGGACGGAGCGCGGAGCCUCCCCCGGCUGCUGCCGCUGCUGGCCCUGACCCUGCCCCCGAUUUUCGGGGUCCAAGUGCAGCACAGCAUCAUCCAGACCGAGUUCUACCAGAAGUCGCUGGAGCCGCCGUUCGACAGCUCCGAGUUCAUGUUCGACUUCGACGGCGACGAGAUUUUCCACGUGGAGCGCGAGGAGACCGUGUGGCGCCUGCCCGAGUUCCAGCAGUUCGCCUCCUUCGAGGCGCAGGGCGCGCUGCAGAACAUCGCCAUCGACAAGCAGAACCUCGAGAGCUCCAUGAGGGCCUACAACAGCUCCAGGACCGACAGCGUGCCGCCGGAGGUGGCCGUGUUCCCCAAGCACCCGGUGGAGCAGGACGAGCCCAACGUCCUCAUCUGCUCGGUGACCAAGUUCUGGCCGCCGGUGCUGGGCCUGGCCUGGUUCCGCAACGGCGCCCGCGUCGCCGAGGGCGUGCAGGAGACGCCGUUCUACCCCGACCGCGACUUCUCCUUCCGCAAGUUCUCCUACCUGACCUUCAUCCCCCAGCCGGGAGAUUACUACGACUGCCAGGUGGAGCACGAGGGGCUGGCGGCGCCCAGCAAGACGCACUGGGAACCCCAAAUCCAGGCGCCCAAGUCCGAGGCCACGGAGACGGCGAUCUGUGCCCUGGGCCUGGCCGUGGGCAUCGUGGGCAUCGCCGCCGGCACCGUCCUCAUCAUCCGCGGCAUGAAGCUCGGCCGCGCCCGCCCCGAGCGCGGCGUGCUCUGAGAAACCCAAAAUCCCCAAAAAACACCCCAAAACCCCACGGGAUUACCCCAAAAUCUUCCCUGAAAUCCCAUGGAAUUGCCCCAAAAUCCUCCCUGAAAUCUCGUGGAAUUGCCCCAAAAUCUUCCUUGAAAUCCCGUGGAAUUACCGCAAAAUCCGCUGAAAUGCAACCCCAAAAUCCAGCCCCAAAUCCCUUGGAAUUGCCCCAAAAUCUAUCCUGAGAUUCUGCAGAAGUGUCUUGAAAUUUGUCCCAAAAUCCAGCCCCAAAAUCCCAUGAAAUGACCCCAAAAUCCAGCCCCAAAUGCCAUUAAAUGACCCCAAAAUCCAGCCCCAAAUCCAGCCUGAAAUCCCAUAAAAUGAUCCCAAAAUCCAGCCCCAAAAUUCCAUGAAACGACCCCAAAAUCCAGCCCCAAUUCCAGCCCCAAAUGCCAUUAAAUGACCCCAAAAUCCUACCCCAAUUCCAGCCUGAAAUCCCAUAAAAUGACCCCAAAAUCCAGCCCCAAAUCCUGCAGAAUGACCCCAAAAUCUGUCCUGAAAUCCAGUCCCAAAAUCCCAUGAAAUGACCCCAAAAUCCAGUCCCAAAAUCCAGCCUGAAAUCCCACAAAAUGACCCCAAAAUGCAGCCCCAAAUCCCCCAGGAAUUGCCCCAAGAUCUGCUGGAUUUGCCCCAAACUCUCAUGCCCCGAGCGCGGCGUGCUCUGAGAAACCCAAAAUCCCCAAAAAACACCCCAAAACCCCGUGGGAUUACCCCAAAAUCCUCCCUGAAAUCCCGUGGAAUUACCCCAAAAUCCUCCUGAAAUCUCGUGGAAUUGCCCCAAAAUCUUCCUUGAAAUCCCGUGGAAUUACCGCAAAAUCCGCUGAAAUGCAACCCCAAAAUCCAGCCCCAAAUCCCUUGGAAUUGCCCCAAAAUCUAUCCUGAGAUUCUGCAGAA